ACCAAUCGGGAUAUAAAGGGACUGUGGAGUUGAAAGUUCACUUCAGUCAUCGUUCCCAAGAUGUCAGCGCCCUUGCGGUUUGACGGGAAAGUUGUUUUAGUGACUGGCGCAGGAAAUGGACUGGGACGGGAGUAUGCGUUGUGUUUCGCAGAGAGAGGGGCAUCAGUGGUCGUGAAUGACCUAGGAGGAAACUUUAAGGGGGAAGGAAAGAGUUCCAGAGCUGCUGAUGUAGUGGUGGAGGAAAUCCGAGCCAAAGGAGGAAAAGCCGUUCCUAAUUAUGAUUCUGUUGAGGAAGGAGAGAAACUGGUGAAAACUGCCCUGGAAAACUUUGGUCGCAUUGAUAUAAUUGUGAACAAUGCAGGGAUCCUGAGGGACCGGUCCUUUGCUCGGAUCAGUGACCAAGAUUGGGAUUUAAUUCAUAAAGUUCACUUAAGGGGCUCCUUCCAGGUAACUAGAGCAGCAUGGCCACACAUGAAAAAGAACAAUUAUGGAAGAAUAAUUAUGGUGACAUCUGCAGCUGGUAUCUAUGGUAACUUUGGUCAGGCUAAUUACAGUGCAGCCAAGCUUGGACUUCUUGGCCUUGGGAAUACUCUUGCUAUUGAGGGGAAGAAGAAUAACAUUUUCUGUAAUACCAUAGCUCCGAUGGCUGGAUCCAGAAUGACAGAGACAGUCUUACCUCCAGAUAUCGUAGAAGCUCUGAAGCCUGAGUAUGUAUCGCCCCUUGUUCUGUAUCUGUGUCAUGAAUCCUGCACAGAAAAUGGGUCACUAUUUGAAUGUGGAGCAGGAUGGAUUGGGCAAUUGAGAUGGGAAAGAACUCAAGGGGCUGUUUGCCGUGAGGCAGGGAGGAAAAUGACCCCAGAGGAUGUUCGUGACAACUGGGACAAAAUUUCAGACUUCAGAAAUUCUACACAUCCCAAAAGUUCAAUGGAGUCAUCUGCAUACAUGAUGAAUGUUCUUAAGGACUUGGACACAAAGCUUUCAGCAUCACUGCCAUCAUCUCCUGAGAAAGGAGGCAUGGACAUUGAGGCAGCUAAAGCUCAUCAAGCUCCACCCAGUCAGUUCUCUUACACCGAACGGGAUGUCAUUCUGUACGCCCUUGGAGUUGGGUCGUCUACUAAGGAGCCUGAUUACCUGAAGUUCCUCUUCGAGGGAGCUGGAGAUUUCUGUGUCCUUCCCAGUUUCGCUGUCAUUCCUGCCUUUAGUUCCCAGACAGGGAUGAUGGUGGGUGGGUUACCAGGAUUCCAGAUCGAUUUGACAAAGGUUCUACAUGGAGAGCAGUAUACAGAAGUAUACAAACUUCUCCCAACCAAGGCUACACUGACCUCUAAAUCAAGAGUAGUGGACAUACUGGACAAGGGGUCGGGGGCAGUUCUUAUUGUCAAUGUGGACACCUUUGAUGAAAACAAUGAGAAGGUUGCAUUUAACCAAUUCAGCACAUUUGUGGUUGGGGCAGGGAAAUUUGGAGGAAAGAGGAAUUCUGAUGAAGCCAAACCCACAGCUAAUCCCCCUAAAAGACCCCCUGAUGCCAGCAUUAGUGAGAAAACCAGUGUGGAUCAGGCUGCCCUUUAUAGAUUAAGUGGAGACAGAAACCCUCUUCAUAUUGAUCCUAGCUUUGCUGCUAUGGGAGGGUUUGCAGAACCAAUUCUACAUGGAUUGUGUAGCUAUGGAUAUGCCACAAGGCAUGUUUUACGCCAAUACUGCAACAAUGAUGUGUCGAAAUUCAAAGCAAUCAAGGUGAGAUUCUCCAAGCCUGUUUUGCCUGGUCAGACUAUACAGACAGACAUGUGGAAAGAUGGAAGCAGAGUCUACUUCCAGUGCAAGGUUUUGGAGAAUGGAAAUAUCAGCUUGUCUGGUUCCUACAUUGACCUCAACGAAGGAGGGGCACCAGUAAUAUCACAAGCCCCAAGUAGCCUUGCCUCUGAUGCUUUGUUUAAUGACAUGGCACAGCGAGCCGCCUCACAACCAGAGUUGGCCAAGAAAAUCAAUGCAGUCUUUCUGUUUGAGAUCACUAAAGACAAGAAAGUGGCUGCUAAAUGGACUGCUGAUAUGAAGACAGCAGGGGGAGUGUACAAGGGGGGACCAAAGCAGGGCAAGGCUGACUGUACACUGACUAUUGAUGACCAGGCUUUGAUAGACAUGGCUGCUGGCAAGCUGGAUGGACAAACAGCUUUCAUGAAAGGAAUUUUAAAGUUGAAAGGAAACAUGAUGCUGGCUCAGAAACUUGGGGAUCUUCUAAAACCAGGAGCUACUGCUUCUCCAUCUACCAAGUCUUCUAGUGGUCCCAGUCUGUUGAGUGAUGGGCUGUUUGAAGAAAUGGCCAAGCGGGCAAAAUCUCAGCCUGAUGUAGCUAAGAAAAUCAAUGCUAUCUUCUUGUUUGAAAUUACAAAGGAUGGCAAACCUGCAGCAAAGUGGACUGCAGACAUGAAGACAGGAGGAGGAAUAUACAGGGGUGAACCUAAGCAAGGAAAGGCAGACUGUACUCUUACUAUUGAUGACAAAAAUAUGGUAGACAUGGCUACAGGAAAACUCAAUGGACAAACUGCAUUCAUGAAAGGUCUUCUGAAACUGAAGGGGAACAUGAUGCUGGCACAAAAAUUAGGAUCUCUGUUUGGAGAGGCCUCAAAACUUUGAAUGUAUGACCCAGUGAGCUGGACCCACAGACCAUGUGAUUCUGAUGACCCAGUCAGCUUAAAACACAGACAAUGUGAUUCUGGGAGAAAAUUUACUGCAAUAUUGAAAUGUUACUGAUUACUGUGAAGAGUGAUUAAAUUAAUUGUUAAAGAUGAUGAUCAAAACAAGGUUUUACCUUGUAAAAAAUGGAUGAAUAUGAAAACUGAAUGAAUGAGGAUUUUUAAAAUUAGAUUUUUGCUCAUGUAAGUGUAUCAAACAUUGUAAACAUUAUAAACAUUGUAAACAUUAUAAAUGAAAUCUUGUCAAGUGAUUUGUGAUUUCAGUGCUUUAUCUGUGAUAUUUAGAUUUUAUCUAUUUUCCAUCAAAUCAAAUACAUGUAUGAACCUUUGUACAUGUGUAUCAUGAGCAUCAUUUGUCAUAAUAUGUUUACAAAUAAAUUAAUACAUAUAA